CCACUGUUGCUGUAUCAUGUUCAAUAGGCGAGGAACAUGGCGGAUAGUAUGGGCGCCCUGUAGUCGCGUGAGGAGAGGAGAGGAGGGGUGACGCUCGAGAGAUAGAAAGUGAAACGAGAAGGAAGAAGAAGCACACGCCCCAGAUGGCGUUCAUGUCCCGGUUCUCCCGGUCCCGGAGCAGCUCGAGAUCUCCCAACAGGAAAGAUUCGGGGCGCGGGUCCCCGGUGCUAACAGUGUCUGAGCUGGAACGGCUCCUCUACACUGGGAAAACAGCGUGUAACCAUGCCGACGAGGUCUGGCCCAGGCUCUACAUUGGAGACCAAGACAUUGCAUCAGACCGGCGUGAGCUGGCACGGCUUGGCAUCACCCACAUCCUGAACUGUGCCCAGAGUAAGUGGCGCGGCGGGGCGGAGUACUAUGCUGGCAUGGACAUCACCUACCAGGGCAUCGAGGCCCACGACACGCCCUCCUUCGACAUGAGUGUCAACUUCUACCCCGCUGCAGAGUUCAUACACAGAGCCCUCAGCAGCGGUGGUAAGGUGCUGGUGCACUGUGCGGUGGGUGUGAGUCGUUCGGCCACGCUGGUUCUGGCCUACCUGAUGAUCCGUCAGAACCUGACCCUGGUGGAGGCCAUCAAGGCAGUGAAGGACCACCGUGGCGUAAUCCCCAACCGGGGCUUCCUACGCCAGCUCAACGGCCUGGACAGCAUCCUCCGGGACAACCGCAAGGCUCUACACUCCCCAACCUCUCCAACCUCUCUUUAGAGCUAACAGCUAAAGACACUACUUUAGAGUUGUAACAAUGCUAACCCAUCUACAAAACCUGGGUAAACAAUUUUUUAAACCAGAAAAAUACAUCAGCAACAGGUGUGUCAUUGUCUUUCCCAUGUCUUGAUCUCGUCAUGAAAAAGGCGUCUUUACCUGGUUGAAACAGAGACCAAUUGGUCAGAAUCUGGUUUUAUGACAUCUUCAAAACCAGAAAAACAGUUUACAACCAGAAAUGGAUAUAAUUCAAACGUCAGGCAGAAUUUCUUUCCUGCUGUGUGGUCGUGUGACAAUAGUUGUCUGUUUCCCUUUUUAUCUUUGGAUAAAAGCGCCUGGGUCUUGACUAACAGUCCCAGGUAUUGUGGUCAGUUAUACAGUACUAACUAUAUGGGAGAAUUACGUAUCAAUGGGAUAUAAAUCAUGCCUUAUAUAGAAGUAACUUCAACCUAUACAGUGCAGUAGAGACAUGGAGACAUUUAGAUGACAUGUACAAUCAUAUCAUUCCCAAAUGGCCAUUCCAAGACAUUUACAUGUUUCCCCUUAAACCACUCGAGUGUUGCUUUAGCAGUAUGCUUAGUAUCAUCGUCCUGCUGGAAGGUGAACCUCCAUCACAGUCUCAAAUCUCUGGAAGACUGAAACAGGUUUCCCUCAAGAAUUUCCCUGUUUUUAGCACCAUCCAUCAUUCCUUCAAUUCUGACCAGUUUCCCAGUCCCUGACGAUAAAAAACAUCCCCACAGAAUGAUGCUGCCACCACCAUGGCAACAUCAUGCUGGGGAUGGUGUUCUCGGUGAGUGCAUUACGCACUCAAGCCACCAUCAGUACGCACACCUGCCUUCCCCCCGUAACAUGCAUCAGCGAUCAUUGGACUCACGUGGACUCCAUUACUUGUGUCAUUACCUUCCCUAUAUCUGUCUGUUCCCAAGCUCUGUUCCCUGCUUUGGGAUUAAUUGUCUCAUGUCCAUUUUACCCGUGUUCUGAUGCUGUUCCUGUCUUGUAUCCUUGUCUGUUCCUGAAUAAAUUUCUGACUCCUCAUUCCUGCU